GGGCAAGCUGCUGAUAGUUCUUUGAGGUCUGCUGAGAAAUGGUUCAACCAAAACAAGUUGCUGCUGAACAAGGACAAGACACAUAAGCUUCUCUGCUCCUUGGGACAGGCUGGUCGAGUGGUUGAAACUGAUGUGAAGUUGCUGGGUUUUUCCUUGAAUACCAGAAUAAGCUGGACAAGUCAUAUUGUCAAUGUUUGCUCAAAGCUGUCCAGUGCGCUCUAUCUUCUGCGAAAGUUGAAAUCGGAAAUUGGUGCCGGAUACCUGCUUACUGUCUACUAUGCCAUGUUUCACAGCCAUGUAUGUUAUGGACUUCACCUGUGGGGUCACUCUGGACGACUUGGUGAUGUGCUGCUUCUGCAGAAAAAGGCUGUGCGAGUGCUGACGGGCAGUGACUACAUGGCUCACUGCAGACCACUCUUCAAGAGGCUAAAAAUGCUUACUGUUGUAAAUCAGUACAUUCUUGAAUGUCUGGUUCGCAUCAGAGACAGAGCUAGGAGUGCUGAUACUCGUGGUGGGAUACAUGGCUAUGGAACCCGUCAGACUCACCUCAUCAACAUGCCAAGAUGCCGUUUAGCAAGGACUCAGAGGAGUUAUCCUUUCAUUGCCUUCAAGAUGUUUAAUAAGCUGCCAGAGUGGGUCAAGGAUAGUGGAAGUGAUAGACAGUUCCGAGCAGUUUUGAGAUCACUCUUGGUGGAGCAUCCAUUCUAUAGCCUGAGUGAAUUUCUCGAUAGUGAGAUGACAUUUUGAAAUUUUUUUUGUGAUAUGUUUUUAAACCCUGACACAGUCUAUCCAGCAGUGCUGGUCAAUGACCUAGAAUAAAACUAAAACUAAAACUAAUGAUAUCUAGAUAUGUUUCGUACCCAAGAACAAUGCCCUAGAAUACUGGUAGGGAGUUUGGAAACACCAUGUAUAUUAAGAUUGUUGGUUGGAAUGAAAGGAAGUACCUAUAUCUCUUCAUUUAUGAUCACAAAUUUCUGUGAAAUAUUAAAGGAUUGUGAAAGAAAUAUUAAGAAUUUGUGAUUGCCAAUACCUCGAUGAAUUUUAAUUAUUGAACUUUCAUAUGGCAUGAUAUUAUUAUUAUUAUUAUAAUAAAUUGAAGCUAGAAUACGUUCAAGUGGAUUGUACCUUCAUAAAGUGAAGUAAUCAUGUGAAAACCAUGAAUACUUUAAAAAUACUAAAUUUUAAAAAUGAUUUUUUUUUAUCAUGUGAAAAAUGUGCGUAAUAUUAUUUGAAAUGAAUGAUUACUGCAAAAUUGUAAGCUGAACCGGUAUUUGAGCCCGUGACAGUAACAGAGUAUUACUUAUUGGUUGGGAGCUUGGGAGACCAUCAAAGCACCACCCUGCGAUACUCAACAUUCUUUCAUUUUACAUUAAAUAGGUACAUUAUAUAGUUUGAAUUAUAUUUCAGAAAAAAUCAUUUGUCUAUUUAUUUAUUCUUCAAAUAUUACAAUAUAGAGAAAUCAAACCAUAUUAUUUUUUGUUGAAGGAAACAUACAAUAAUAAUUCUCAAUAUUUAUCAAUAUUUAUCAAAAAAUUAAUUUCAUUUCAACAUAUUUUCAGAGUUGAUUUUAUUAUAAUUUUUUUUCG